GGGGUAACACGUGCCCAAAGGUCAAGCCUCCAGGUUAACGCAGGUUAACCGACAGUAGGUUAUAGUGCAACGAUGAACCAUUUUUGUACAAAGGAAAAUGUGAUUCAGUCUGCAGAGGGUUAAACAAUUUUGGGUUCGUUUUUUUGUGCGGACGAAGUUUUAAAAAAAAAAGGAUUUUUUUUAAGUGAUAAUAGUGGUCGCAAAAAAGAUGGCGCACCACUCCGUGCUUAGGAUAUUAUGUCUUCUGGUUGCCGUUGCUGCAACACACGGUGAUAAGGAGCAGACAAGAUGGUCGCGACAGAUCAGCUCGUACACUGCAGACAUCAGUGACUGGGUGCCGCUGCCCGGACCCGUCGAGAGGGAACUCACACAGACAAAGAAGCAACCAGUUGCCGAACCUCGCAUACUCUCGGAACCCUUCCCCACGUACACGAGGUCCAGUGGAUUCAACCAAGGAGUAUUCAAUCAGGACGCGUUCCCUUCGAGAAUGUUCCUAAACACACCGACUAAUAGGCAACUGUACUUACAGUCUCUACCCGCAGUACCUUCAGCUCCACAAAACUAUUUAACAGAGCAAGGAUUUGGACAAAGCAUUCGUUUUGGCUUAUCACAACCGAACUUCCCAUUAAACCAAGGAUUCAUCUCUCAGCCGCUGAGCUUCGAAACCAUUCCCCAGUUGAAUACGAAGCCGCAGCAAUUUUCACACAAUCCACAAAUUAAGUUCGACAAUCCACCGAAAAUUAGCCAACCUAUACGACCCCAGGUGCAACCUUUCAUUACUCAAGCUCCGAUAAAGCCCGAAAUACCAAGAUAUAUCGACGGUUACCGCGUACAGAAUGUCAGCAACGAUUUUAACACGAAGAGACCACAGUCGUUACAGAAAUUGAAAUAUGAUGGUGUAAAGGCAGAGACUAUUUCACCAAACAAACCAAAAGUCGAGCGGGAGGAAGUUCAGUUGCUCUACGUUCCUCUGGAGUCGUUAAAUUCAGGACAAUUUAAUUUCAGAACUCCUAUCGCUACUCCUCAAGUUAUAAAUUCUGAUCUAUACAGCCAAAUUCAAAAACAGUUUCCUCCGAACCCUCCACAAAUACAAAAACAAAUUCCUGUUAAUACACCUCCCACCAAUAAACCCUCUGCAGACUUUCAAAAGCAAACAAUUAAAAAUGUGGAGAAUUUAAGUCCAAGACAAGAAGUUUUCCCAAACUAUAACACGAAGACGAACAAUGUUGACCAAAUACCUAAGUUUACUACAUUGUCUUCACCGUUCCCACCUGUACCUUCAUCAACUCCCAAGCCAAAGAAGCUCAAGCCACACCAACCUCCCCUUGCGAUAUUUUUAACUCAAGAAGCGAGGAAGAAUCAACAAGUUAAAGUUGGAGACGUUUUGUACUCUUUGAAAAACGCUAACACUAUUGCUGUUCUGGACGCUGUAAACCCACAAACUGCUCCGAAAGUAUUCAUCGGCCCCUCCUCAUUGACCCCACCAGAAAACUAUGUAAAAUUCGAAUUGCCAUAUUUAUCUAACAUUGAAAAUAUUGAGAAGAAACUUCGACAGUUACCUUUCUUCGUAGCACCUCUAAGCUACAAAACGCCUCAAGGAUUCGCGAAAAUUCCCUUCCCGUCCCCACACGUGGGUUCUGUAGUAAUUAAUUCUCAAAUUAAUAAAGAGGCAACACCUCAAAUUCAUCCCACAUUAUCCGAUUCCCCACCUAGUUUUUACACGUACAAUCAAUACCCAACCAAACAAGCUCAAAAUAUAGAACCUCAGAAAUCGAAUACCAAUUAUUAUUCAACUGCACCACCAAAACCAUCAAAUUUCGAGCCGAAUUAUUAUUCUUUCGAACAACAAGGAACAAGAAAAGAACCUGAAACAGGAUCGAAAGCCAAUUCUUAUUUCUUAAGCAACAUUGGAAGUCAAUACAAUCCAAAUAAUUAUGUCAAUUUUCCGUCAGCAUCGAUAGUUGAGAACUACCCAACCUAUCAGAGUUCAACAGCUCGUACGAUACCCGCACAAAAACCUUCAACUACAACCACGUCAACAACAACAACUACGACGACAACCACAACAACAACUCCGAAGCCCUCAACAUUCCCUAGUCAAUUACUAGAAACUCAUAAUCCUUACUCUAUCAACCAUGCGUUCCAUUUUAGUACACCGAUAGAUUAUCAAAACUUUUUCGACGAAUACAAAGAAAACUAUGCUACUCCUGGACAAGCUCCCAACUCACAAGCGCAACCUGAAGUAAAUGUAUCUUCACCGAACCCAGUAACCAAUUCUCAAGAAACAGAAAGAACACAAUCAACAUUUGUACAAGGAUCGCCAAAUUAUUUACAAGGGUAUACACCUGAAAUACAUUACGAGUCCGAAGUACAACAUUCAAGAUAUCCAACAUAUGAUACAAACCAACAAACAAAUAAACAGUCUGAUUAUAGUCAAACAAAUAAUCCAGUAAUUGAAGAGGAUAGUUUUAAACCGAGCAGUGAUCUAGCGCCAUCUAGGAAUGUCAAUGAGCAAACACCAACUGAAUCUAUUUUAAGUCCUACAAAUCCUUCAGCUGACGAUAAUACACCGCCUGAAUCAACUGAGAAUCAUAUUCCUGUGACAAAUCCUCCAUUUGACUACAGCCAUUAUGACAACAGUUACAGUGCAGGUGAAUAUGAACAAUCUACUCAAAGCUCUACUACCACUACUUCAACAACAACAACAACACGAAGACCACCUUUGAGAACUAGAGGCCGUCCACGAUAUCCUACAACUAAAGCCGAUACCGGAGAGUACACUACUAAACAAACCAUCACUCGAAGACCGCUUAGAGAGCGAAGGCCUCUGCCGAGUAGGACAAGAUAUGAACCAAAUAAGAUAACGACGGAGAAAGCUGUCAGGAAAGCCACAGAAACAACUGAAGCUACUACUAAAUACACAAGAACGAGGACCAGGGGACGAGUCCAUUAUAGACCAUCUGAAUCUGAUGACAUUCCUGGAAAACGUUCGAAACAAAGCAGCAAGGAAAAUGAUCUCGCAUAUCAAAGAGACGUUUUACAUCAAAACUAUCCAGUGACACUAAUGGAAAGAACUAGCACUGUUGAUAUUGAGGCAAUCACUGAACCUACGUUCAGAGCUUCUCCUACCGGCACAAGAUAUUCUGAGGACACCGAAAACGCUUACAGCAAUGAUAAAGUUACUGUAACCGAACAUUCCUUUAAUACUGAAAAUACGGAGGACAUGCACGAGUACUCCAAAGACUCCUCAUCUCCAAAUGUAUUGUCGAUUAGAAAUGAAGAACAUGUUUAUCAAUCAAGAAGUAGUCCCGUGCCAGAAAAUACUUAUCCUACACACGAGGAAUCAAAAGACGAUGAUACAUACAGUAAACAAACAACUCCCAUACAACCAUCUGCAGUAGAAGAGGUAACCGAGCCUGCUGUUUUUGAAUCAGCGACACAAGGAAAUGAGGACCAUUACUCACCAACUUACAAAUAUGAUUCUAUAAAAGAGGAGGAUGAAACUACUACACAACAAAAUAUUGAUAACAGUAACGUUCAAAAUGAAAGCGAAAAUCAACAACCGGAGCAAGAAGAAAACGUUAUUCAAACUACUCCAUCGUAUAACAGAGUCCGAGUGAGACCGGGAGUCAUUAGGCAGUACCAUCAAAGUUCCACUGAGUCUUCUAGAGUUAGAGUGGACAGAAGGAGGCCAGGGCAAGCAAUUACAUACAGACCUACGUUCGAUAAACGCAGAACUACUAUGCGUAUUGAUGAAAUAGAAGCCGAUUUGAAAACGAAACAAAUCCAUUCGCGUCCAGAGGUUCAAGACUACAGACAUCCCGUCUACAAGCCUGAACCAACUACCGAACCAUCUGUAACAACUCCUUUAACACAAGAGACGACCAAAAGGGGCCUUUAUCGUCGUAGAAGACCAACAUACACAGUGUCUUCAACAGAGACGUCAACAAGUAAAAAAUCUUAUGAAACUAGAAACAGAUUCAGGGGACGACGUCCCACAGAAAAACCGACAGAGAAGCCUGAAGAACAAGCUGAAGUGAUAACAACAACGGCACGUAAUACACUAGCAGUCAGAUACAGUGACAGACCGCGCUUAUCUGAACGGUACAACAAAAACCACGAGCCUGAAGAACCGGAAGAUCAAGAUCCAAACUACUCAAUACAAAGACCUAAUUACGCUGUUCCAGAGUCUAAUCGGUGGUCACCAAAGAUUUCCACAAAUUCAUUCAAACCUUAUAAUCCUAAUGAUAUUACAGAUGAAGCAAAAGUUGUAGAACAACAGACGGCAGAUGCACCCGAGCUAGAUAUAAUCACAGCUAAGAAUGAAUACGACAAUGUUCUCAUCUCUGUUACUCCUGCGACAAAUAAUAGAGUCAAUAAGAAGAUUCCAGACAUUCCUCCUACUCUAGAAGCGUUGGUAGAACAGAGCAGAUUGACUAAAACAGAAGGGGGCGAUACCAUGUCGACAUUUGAAAGUAUGCUUGAAGAAGUGAUGAAAAGUUUGGAAGAACAAGACGAGGACGAAUACACGAAGAAUGUAAUGAAACACAAAGGAGGAGAAAUUGGCGAAAUCCCACCGGAGAAAAUAAUAUCACCUACCACAGUACCGCAAGAUGUCGCCACUACGACACCUGGCUCUGAGGACGCUGAACAAAUAACACAGAAAGAGCACGAGCGGAAAACGCGACGCCGCGGUUUCUGGAAAAAAGUAAAAGUUCAUCCUGCAACCACAGAGUCAUUCGAAGCGGCGGAAUCCCAAUACUACUCAAACGCAGUCAACCGUCUCGGACAACCUGUACAGUUAUCAAAAAGCGGUCAUGAAAAAUCAGAUAAACCAGACAAGGCGAAACACACAGUCACCACAUACAAACCAACAUAUCAAUUCAUUAAAGAACUUUUCGAGACCGACAACGAAGACAUGGAAAUAACACCAGAUAUUGACAUACCUAAAAUAACGACAGUUAAAUCUGAAAAUAAAAUCCAAAACAAAGAUCGUCAGAGAACUACAAUUGCGUACACAACUAAAUCAGAAUCUAAUGACAAUAUUUAUCCUAUUGAAUUUGACUUAGGCACCGGAUCUCCUGAUUCUAAUUUUGGAGAGAGUACAUCAUUCUUUGCUACAGCAACUGAACCUGUCACUACUAAGAAAGAUAAUUCUGCAGCCGACAGAUCUGACGGUUUUAAUUUCAUGGAUUACUUAUUUGGUGUUACUUCACCAAACGAUGAUGAUGAAAAAACAAAGAAUGAAACUAAAAAUAAUGAAAGUGGCGGAGUAAAUUUAACUGCAAUAGAACAAUCAGAACAAUCUAAAUCAAAAACAACAACGGAAACGACAUACAUACCAGAAGAAUUCACUGCAGUAACGUCUAACGAAGAUAUUGAUGCCAAAUACACAGAUAAAAGCCAAGAUAUUACAAAUAAAGAAGAUAACGUACGUGAAUCUACUGAGCCUUUGAAAAAUCAUAUAGAAACUACCACAGUAUCAUCAUUUAUGGAUUCUCUUAAAGUAAUCAGUACAUCAAUGUCAACGGAGAUAUCACACGAAACAGAAAUUUGUUUCAGAGGUAAAUGUAUUAAAACUAACAAGCCUAUGUUAUAAAGUGAUACUAAAUUGGUGCUAAGACUGUGUUCAAAACUUAGAGUGGAAUAAAUAAGUGAUGAAACUUCAAAUAUCGAUUCAGUGGUAUUAUAGUUUUUUGUAACCAUCUUUAAUCUGUUUCAUUUACUUAAUCAUUUUAUCGAUAUCAAUAUCGAUAUUUAUUAGUACUUGUACUAAAGGUACGCAUUUUACCAGUAAUUUGGGUGAAAUUUUGUAAAUUGUUUACAAUUAACUCUUUACUUAAUUUCACCCUCGGUCUCCAAUGAAUAGGGAACCUAUAAUGAUAAAUUUAAGGUUAGUGGUUACUUAUUAAUAAUGUAAAAUAUCUAUUUACGAAAAAGAAAAUAGUAUUUAAGUUUUUUAUAACUUUUGUAAUAUACUGACUGAUAUUUUAUCCAUAAAUAUAAAUAUUAUAAAUAAAUAAUAUCCCAGUUUUUCUACCUUUGACACAUUUGAUUUGUAAUUAUAUUAAGAGUUUAUAUUAUUACAAGAAAUUGUAAAAAAUCUACUGCUCCUUACAGUGGAUU